AACGAAUGAGAUUCAUUUAUACCAAAAAAAUGAAUUUUAACUUUACUAUUAAUAGUUCCUUUAAUCGUUUUUUUUUAAAGUUUGUAGUCGUUGCAGCCUUUGUUCAAUAAAAUUUAGAACAAAGAGACUAUUAAUAUCAAAUGUUGUGUUUUUUUUAACUGUCUGUGCUUUACGAACGAUCUAGAAUCUGAGAGAAUUCGAAACUAGAAUUUUCCAUUUUCAUCCAAUACGCAUGCGUCAAUACUGUAAAUACUGACCGUCAAAAACUGAAACCAGAGUUUAAAUCUGUUGUGACGCAAUUGAGCGAUUCAUUCUCCUAUAAAGAGUGAUUUAUUGGUAAUAUUCAUCUAUUCUUUCUUAGAAAAUCUUCUGCCACACAGGAAAGGGUGUGUUAUUAAUAAGGUACUGAUAUUGAAAAUCAAAGAUGUCUUUGUAUGGAUCGGAUACAAACUUUGGAGGUGGAUUUGAAGAUUCCUUUUCAGAAAAAAGCAUACGUCAUGCUUUCAUUAGAAAGGUGUACAGCAUACUUAUGGUACAGCUGGCUAUAACUACAGGAUUUAUUUGUCUAUUUAUAUAUGAGCCAAAAGUCAAACUGUAUUCCAUGCACCAUCCGGAGCUGUUUUGGAUUGCAUUUAUAAUGACAUUUAUUUUGCUCAUUGUAUUGGCAUGUUGUGAGGGUGUGAGAAGAUCUUUCCCAGCAAAUUUCAUUUGUCUAUUUCUUUUUACAAUAUUUGAAGCAUUCCUUUUGGGAUUAGCUGCUAGUCGGUAUGAUACAGAAGCUGUGAUGAUAGCAGUUGCUAUCUGUGCUGUUGUUUGUCUUGGUCUCACCAUAUUUGCAUUCCAAACUAAGAUUGACUUUACUCUGUGCUCUGGUUUUCUGAUGGUUUCUGUCCUCGUCUUGGUUUGCUUUGGAUUUGUUGCAAUGUUUUUUCCUGGGAGAAUUAUACAGCUCGUAUAUGCCUCCUUGGGUGCUAUUAUCUUUUCUUUGUACCUGGUAUUUGACACGCAGUUGAUGAUAGGAGGAAAGCAUAGAUAUUCUCUAUCCCCUGAAGAGUACAUAUUUGCUUCCUUAAAUAUUUAUUUAGACAUUGUCAAUAUAUUUAUCUCCAUUCUGCAGAUUGUUGGAUACGUUAGGGACUGAUAGGUUCCUUGAUACAAAAGAGUAAUUUACUCUUGCAUUUGUGAAGUUGACUUGUUUUCUGUGGUGACUGACUAUUUGAUUUUCUGCAUGAAUUUACUAGUCGUUUAAAAAAAUUGCUUUUUAUAUUUUAACACUGUAAAAAAACAGUAAAAAUAGCAUAAUUUUGUCUUUUAAUUCCUUCAAACAGUUAGUGUAUUAUAUGUGAAAAACUGUUGUUUCAAUUAUUACAAAUUUAAAAGUAUAUAGUGUAUUAUUUUUACUGUUCUGCAAUACAUGUUAUGCGUCUCUAGUCAUAUUAAGGAAAAGAAUUGUCUGCUGUUUCAUUGUUGUACUUUGCAUAGAUGGAUAUAAUAAUCAUUCCACUUAAUUGUUGUUUUUUAAAAAUAUUCCUAAUUAUGUACUUUUUAAAUCAACAUUCUUUUGUAGAUGAUAGUUAGCUUUUAUAUUUUUGAAUAACAUUUUAAAAUAAUUUUGCAAAAGGAUCACAUUGUCGUACUUAUGUCCAAUUAGAUAUUCCAGAUUCAUCUUAUUUGUCAGUUAGAAAUAAACUGAAAAUGCAAUUCAGUGAUUCUUAGAAUAAUUCAUACAAUUGUGAGUGAAUAGCCGAGUUUGACUUUUUAUGAUGGAUUGAAGUUAUUUUUAAAUGUAAAAAUUAAUUUGAACAGAUUAGAAAAGAAAAUUAUUUUUGAUAGCAUAAAAAUGUGCUUACUUUUGCUGGUUUAGAUUAUUUAUCAAAAAGUCGAAGAAAAAAAACAUUGUCUAUUUUCACUUAUUUGAAAUAUUACAUUUUAAAAUCUUGUUUUAGUUAUGUGAUAAAUUAUUUUAUUGAACUUUGUGGUUGUGCAUUUGUUUUAUUAUUACAAAUAUGUGAUACAGUUCUAUAUAACAUAAAUUGGUACUUUAGUUUUGUUGUACUUUUAUUUUAUUGCCAAAAAUGUGAUAAAUUACAACAUAAUAUUUAGAAAAUAGAGGCUAGUUCUUUUGAUAUCCGAGUCUGAUAUGAUAUUUACACUAAUCUAUAUGUAUAAUAGUCAACAGUACAUAGUUAAAGAUUAUUACUCAUCUGCUAGUAAUGAAAUUGUUAGCUAACCAAUCCCAUUGUAAUAUAUAUGCCUUUUUAAAAUAAGCUCUGGUAUCAUUGAAAUCUACUAAAUUGUUAAUUAAUUUGAUGUAACUAAUGAUAGCUAAUUUUAACUUUAAAUUAUUAUUAAACUGUUGCCUUUUCUGUAAAAUGAAUGCUAUUGCAGGAAAAAAUGUAGCUGAUUAAGUGCCAAAAUAUUUAUAUUUUUUUAGAAAUAUUGUAAUUUUUUUUUUUUUUUUCAUUUGCAUUUCUAAAAAAAAAAAAAAAAAAACAUUGGAAAAGUUUGAUUUGCUAAUGAAAGGAAAGCAUUUUCCAACUCUUACAAAAUUAUAUAUAUAAUUUGCUUUUAUUUUUAAAUUAAAGGGAAAAUUAACAAGCCAGAUACAAUCUACAAUAUAUUUUCAAAUUGAGAAUUAUGAUGAAAUUUCCUCAUUUUUCAAUUAAUUAAAAAGUAAGUUGCUUUAAGGUUCAUGUAAGGCUCUGGUCUAACAUUUACAACAACCAUCAUAUAAGGAAGAAUUGAUUAGGAUAAGAUAAUAAAAGAAGACUAAAUCUAUUAUAAUGAAUUGUCAUUUUUAUGUUUAAUUAAUCUUACAAUAUUAGAAAUUGAUAUUUUCGUCUUCAUAAAAAAAUGUAGAUAUUGGAUUUCAGUUGUUUUGAAAUUUAAGUUCUAUAUAAACUGGCUACAUCUUAUAUAAAGCAUUUUUUUAAAGCAAACUCAUCCUUUUUCUGUGAAAUUUAAUAAAACAUUUUACAUAUUAAUUACAUGUUUAAUCAUAGUAAUUAAUUUUAUCAUCAGUAACCAGAAUUGAUGUACCUAGUUUUAACAAAUAUAUAUAUAUAUAUAUAUAUAUAUAUAUAUGUUUGAAUUCAUAGAAACAGUUUAAAGGAAAACAAAAUUUUUGCUUAAAAAUACGAAAUCUUAGUCCCUGAUGAUGUAUUUAAUAGGGCCUCAAACUAUUUAAGUGGAGGAUAGGAGAGGGACAUAUAGUAUGAUUUCUCACAAAAAAAAAAAAUAUUCCUACCCCUUUCUAGUAUAUGUGAAUGUUUUGAAUUAAUAAUUUAUGGCUACAAAUAGCUUUUUCACUUUGUACAUAUGGGCAUUUUCUCAUAAAAGCAUUCAGGCUUUAUAUAACAAUGAGUUAUGAAUUAUUCUUGACUUAAGUAUGAAAUUAAUACAUAAAUUCUAACCUAGGAAUUGAAUAUUUUAUUUUGUGGCAAAUCUAGAAAAGAACUAUAGAUCAGAUAUAUUAUAAAAAUUUC